AUCAAGUCGGAUAAACUCAACUAUAAACUUGCGGACUCGAAAUUACGGCUGUGGGUUGAAGAGAUCGUCCAAUCGUAUAAUAUUCCUGAAUUAACAAAAUCGGGUUUUAACUGGAUCGAAGAGACUGUUCUUCAUGAGUUGGUUCCUGGUCCACGGAACUGGAAGUCUAAUCAUAGUCCAUUCUUUCCAGAUAAUAUACUUAAAUUGACUCACGACUUUAUCAAAGAUCAUCUUCGCCAUAAAAAUGACUGUAACUCUCCAUCCUGCCCCUGUAAGUCAGGCAAUCUUAUCAACUCUAUCCAACAAAAGUUUGUUCACCUCACAAACCAGAAACAACUUAGAAAAAACGAUUUGGAUUAUUUUCUCGACUGUUCUUCCAUUGCUGGUGGUGAUGUUACUCUAUUAAUUGAAACUGGUAAACGAGCACUUAAUCAGUCAGUAGAUUUGCAGUUUGCUCGAAUAUGUUUCGAAGAAGCUCAUCGAAUCGAUCCAACCAAUUGGUUUGUUCUCGACACUUUAAUGGGUCUUUAUUUCGUGCUCAAUGAUCACAAUAAUUGUCUACAACUCGCAAUCAAAGGAUUAAUGAAGGAUGGCAAUUACUUUAAAGCUCGUGUAUUAGUCUCAGAGAUGUUGAAACUUUCACCAUCUUUAGAAUCAGAAUUGCCCGUCCGUCUUAAUUAUCUGAAAAGUUGGAAUCCGCAGCUAGGCUUAGAAAGAAAGAGGAAACUUUUAGAAGUUAUGGAGAAUUUAAAACAACUCCAUGAGCGACGAAAGGAAAGUGAAACAAAGCAAGAAAAUGUUCGAAAAUCUUUAAGUUUCGAUCUCAAUGACACCAGCUAUGCUUCUUUAAAAUCUGUCAUUUCAGCCUUAAUAGACGUUAAAAACAAAAUGAUAGAACAUAAAGUCGAUCCUAAUUCGUUAAUAUCAAUCACUAUCUCUUCCAAUCCUGUUCCAAAUGGCAAUGCUCCUCGGUCUAUCCGUAGUUCUCACAAGAAAGCCCUAAAUCAAAAUAAUAAGCGAAAGACCAUAGGAUCAAGAGGAUCAAGUCCUGAGUUAUCUGUCAAACGGAGACCAGUUCGAAAUAAGAAGAUAACCGAUGCAACAGUCGACAAUAUGUACAAAAAGAUUUUCUUCAUGUUCCCAGAAAGUGUUUUAACUCGUGAAAUAGUCCAGAAAGGCGACGAGUUAAUGAUACAUACUCAGCACGAAACUCAAGUGCAACAUUUAAUUUUAACCCGUUAUCGCUCGAAACAAAUACCAUUCGUAUCAAAAGGAAAACAAAUCGAUCUGCUUAUUAGCGAUCUUCUUUACGAAAUAGUAGACAAAGCAGCUUAUAUCAAAUUACCUUCUAAGUUCAUGGUUCUGUAUGGAAUUCAUCGAAAAAGUUAUCCAUUGUCCAAACCUUCAACGUUUUGUACCAGUGGUAUUGGAAUAUUAGCGACAAAAUUGAUCUUAACUGCCAAUGAAGUGAAGUUUAAUCAAUCUGAAGCAAUAUUUUUGACUGAAUCAAUUCCAUAUCUGCGAGAUUUAUUGAAUCCCAACGAUUAUGAUAAAUUUUUCAUUCGUCUCAUGAUUCUUCGAGGAAUCAAAGAAUCUAAAGUUGAUUAUCUUCUAAUGGCAAAUGAAGUUUUCGAAAAGUCUAACGUCAAAUUAGUGCAAAGAGCAAAUCAAACAGUUUAUAGUUCGUCUAUUCUUAAAUCAAUGAUCAACGAGAUGAACGAAAAUAAUUUGGAUACGUUAUUGGACCAACAUCGACACGAGGAAAUUGUUGAACUAUUAGCAUCUAAAUCGGAGCUCUCUAGACAAGAAGAAAUGUACCUUUGUCGCGCCAUUCAGUCAUCAAAACAAUGGAAACGUGGAAUCGAAAUUAUUGCUAAAAGUAAACAAUUAACUGAUCGAUUGUUAAAACUGUUACGAGCUUGUUUAAAGAAUGGAGAUAAACUAUCAAUUGAUCGAGAAUUGGCCAUCAAAUUGCUAAAAUUAGGGACCAAAGAUUACAAUGCAAUGGCCUGGACUUGUAUUCUACAAACAUUCAUAAAUGAAAUGCGAGAUGGUAAAUUAGACGAAGGAAAAAUCACCGGUUUGAUUGGUUCAGUUCACGAUUAUUUAGGUCAUAGAGAUGCUUGUUGUGAUUACAAUGGAGAGUUUUUAUCUCUCGCACUUGAUUAUCUGAUUUUUCAAUGUAGCAGAAUCAAAGAGGGGCUAAUUCUCAGCUGCCUUGGCUGUUAUUACAAACAAUUAGAAUGUAGCUUUCUAUCAGCUAAUCAUGAGUCGGGAGUUUCUCUACGUUGGAAGGACAUUCGUCCUAUUUACAAUUACUUCAUCCCUGAAACUUUGGCAAAAUUUGAUAGUGAAACAGAUAAAUCAAUCGAUUUAAAUACUGUAGAGCUUCUACGCAAUUUACUUCCCUUGGUCCCUGAAAAUUUAAAUCCUGAAAGAUUUUCCAAUUCUGUCAAAGAAUUUAUCGAUCAUGGAAAAUCAAUUGAGCUUACAACAAUUAUUCCAAAAAAUCAUGUUACUCGAGAUCUUUACUAUUAUUUAGCUGAUUAUUACUUAAAACACGGCCACUUUCAAAAAGCCAUCAAAUUUUAUAUUCUUGAUUUAACUUUGAAUCGAAGUCGAUUUGAUUCAUGGGUUGGUUGUGCUCUCGCAAUAACGUCAAAUUGAUCAAUAUUCUUCGACU